AUGUCACCGCUGCAGAUGCGUCAGUGGUACGUUGCACUGAGACACCACGCCUGUGUCCCACUUGUCGACGAUACGCUGUGUACUGGUGUUGAAGAAGACUCGGAUGAAUACAAUGAUGACUCUGACAAUAUUCAAACGCAACCUGGCCAGGAUACGGCUGUUGGUGCGCUAUCAGUUGAUAUCCCUCGACCCUACUUGUCUAUUACUCCCAGCAGUGAGUCCGAGGAUGAGGCUCUUGUUGACCCCCGAGCUAGACAACGCGCAGAAGCCCAGGUCCGAGUGGCUGCUGCUGGCGCAGGAAAACGAUUUUUCUAA